AUGGUAUUUGACACAAUGGAAGAAGCAAGAAACUAUUAUGAAGAGUAUGGCCGACAAGAGGGAUUCUGGAUUAGAACUCGAUCUUCCUCCAAGACAAGAAGGCGUUUAGAUGAGGUAACGAGUAGACAAUUUGUUUGUGCACAUGAAGGAAAAUAUGUGCCCAAAAAUACAUCACAGAAGGCUUCAGAAGAGAAUGAUGAGAGAGACAUAAGUGAGAUUGAGAAUAUGAAGAGAACGGGUAAAAAUUGUUCUACGGUGAAAUGUGGAUGCACAGCAAGUAUGAGAAUUAAGCUUGAUAGAUGGUCAAACAAAUGGAAAGUUUCAAGUUUCCAAGACUCUCACAAUCACAAGCCAGUUACACCAGAAAGAAGAAUGAAAAUGAAGUCAAAUAGGGUUAUGCCGAAAGCAGCUAAAAUUCUGACUGAAACAUUUCAUGAAGAAAAUUUGCCAAUUGCAAAAGUUCCUUCAAUCCUUGGCGGCCCGCAUAUUGGUUUUAACAAUAGAGAUUGUUAUAACCACUUGAGAAAUGUCCGGUAUAGACAACUGGAUGGAGGUGAUGCACAAGGUGACAUUUUGUGGUUGUUUGAGACAUGGCUUGAAGCAAUGGGAGGACGUCAUCUAGUUUCCAUUAUUACUGUUCAAGACUUGGCAAUGAAAGGAGCAAUUGCCAAGAUUUUUCCUAACACUCGCCAUCGGUUAUGGCUCUGGCAUAUUAAGAAGAAGUUUGUAGAAAAAUUGUCACAUGUGUACUUCAAGAAGUCCAAAUUCAAAAUUCAGAUGAAGAAAUGUACUCGGUCAACAUACAAGAUAGAGGAAUUUGAAGAAAAGUGGAAGGAAUUGAUGAAAGAAUGUGAAUUGGCUAAUGAUGACUGGUUGAAUAGUUUAUAUGAUAUACAUUCUUCUUGGGUUCCUGUUUAUAAUCGUGAUAUAUUGUAA